AUGAUAGAACGGGCUGCCAUGUUUACUUCGUCAUUGACGUUAUCCUCCCUGCUCGGUGUGGUAGUCGUAUUCUACCUUUGUUCCUUCUUAUUAUUCGCCGUACUUCGCAUCAUAACCGGGGUUUCGAUACAGCGAUUCGGGUAUCUUUCCAUUCGAGGAAUACAGUUCUCGAGCGGUGGUAUCGACUUCAACAUCGUGAGAGCUGGCAUUCUGCUCCACAGACCCACUUUCUCGCAGCCGACAUGGAUCAGCCUUGUUAUAAGAGAUUCGACAAUAUCUUUCAAUCCAAAGCCGAAACCCGAUAUAUCUUCGAAGCCCGGAAGAGUAGCGAACGGUAAACCCCACGAAGAAGAGAGCAUCGACCCUAAGGCCAAACCCGUCCGAAGCUCCGAGGAUCUGCUAGAAUUUCUGAAGGAUGGCGGGGACGAUAUGUUCAAACGACGGACGAAGAGGCAGGUGGAAGAAACGAAAAGGCUAGUAGAGCGCUGCAGAAAAAUAUUGCAUCUAUUCCGACGUUUCGUAGGCUGGAUUAAAAUGGUCGAUGUCAUUUUCAAUAAUACCACGUUCGAAGUUCGCCAGGCCGGGAAAAUCCAAAUUGGAGCUGUUGGAGCCUCGAUAAUUGCGCGGAAAGACUCUAGAUCGCAUAGCAACUACAAUUCUUGCGACGAAACCGAAGGAGCAAAUUCCGAGCGGCAUCCUUUCGAGUGUGUCAUUGCUUGUCGAAGCAUUCUCCUGACUCCUCAAGGCGGAAAGCCGGUUCUGCUUAGCGAUACUAUCAACCUAAAUAUUGGCGGCGUGCUGGAGGAGAAAGACCAGGUUCUCAAGGAUGUGUCCAUCGACAUGAAGGUGGGGAAACUCCGGAUACCGCUGGACGAGAUAAUUAGCUUCCAAAACAACAUUCAGAAUCAGACGAAACCUCAGCGACCACUUCAUCACAAGCGGAAUCUCUCGCUUGGCUCCAUUAUGGGUGAGAUGUCAAUGCCAGGGAGCCGGACGGAGCGGCUGGUCGAGAUCGUCACUGAAUCUAAAGAAAUAUUCUCUUCUGUCAUCAAUGGUCUGCAUGAAGUUCAAGCAACCGUAGCAAUUCUGGAGAUUUCGAAAGUUGCCAAUGAUAUCAGGCCCUCUGGAAAACCUCUUAUUGCGACAAUGUCGCUUAAAGAGCUAGGUUUGGACCUCCAUAAGCUAGAACAAGACAGCCCAGCGCAUCGAAUGGACUUUUCUCCAAAUGAUAUCGCACAUCAGGCACUUCUUGCCGCUAUUUCCCUGGCGUUCAAGAUUGACGACCAAAUGGGAAAAGUAGACCAGCUGCUCUACGUCCCCAUGGUUACCAUGACUUCGAAGCUGACGCUUCCAUCAAAAAUCAUCGAACUUGCCGAAUGCCCCGAGGCGGACCGUAACUCAAACGUUGUGAACGCAAGUAUCGUCAUAACGUCGCCAUCAGUUGACCUCGAGCCCAAGCAUCUUCCUAUAGUUGUUAAUAUUUUUAAGCAAAGGAAGAGCAGACCCCGAAAUCACAGCUUUGGUGGUCCACAACAACUGAUAUCCCGGCUGCUACCGAAGACGAACAUCAAGUUUUCUGUUCACGAACCGGUUGUCAGAGUUUUGUUACCAGCUUUCGACAAAGCCAACCCUAAGAAUCCUCCACUUACCGAUAUGUUAAUCUUCAGCAUCUCUUCGUCAUCCCACGAAAUUGAAUCAUCUCAUGUGACAGGAAGUCAGAACCAUUACGUCUUGACCACUUCGUUACGUAUUGCAAGCUCGUGUCUUUUCUACCGAGCCGCGGGAGGUGAAAGACAUGAUCUUUUCCAGCUCGAUACCCUUGAGGUCAAAGCACAGCUUGAUGCGUCGCCCGAAGUUCGUCUUGCGGGGACUUGCGAGAUUGCGUCAUGCACGACUCGAAUGGUUCGCACAGAGAUCGUUCAGGGUAUCAAACAGAUGGUCAAGCAGUUUCAGCGAGAUUUUGUCCCUGAAAGGUCGUCACCAAAUCCCUUCGGGGAACGACCAUCAUUUCUGCGGAAUAUCCCAGAAUGGCUUGUUCAAUUCAAGGUUGAUGGGAAGGACUUUAGCUUCGAAGUAGCUGGGAAGGAUGAGCAGGUAUCAGAAGAUGUACGUGGAGCAGCGAUUCAGAUGGACUCCUGGUCCUUGGAAUACAAGUCCCAGGUCAUCAGUAAAUCCCGAGAGAAGAGCCAUCCUAAGCGGAGGACAUCUAGGGCCAUUGGGAUGGAUGAGAAAAUACCACUCCAAGGACCUCGGCCGUCGAAAAACCCAACAGACGGCCGGAGACUAUCAUUCCAUAUCCAUGGGCUAGAAGGGUUUGCCGUUGACUCGGCAGAAACAUGGGACGCAGAUCCUAUGUGCGCUCUACCACACUUUGAAGUGGCUUUCUCGUCUGUCACAGACCAGGAUGGCCCCACUCUUUUGAUCACAUCACAUACUAAAACCCUUUUCCUACAUUAUUCACUGCUUCGUCAUUAUUCCGUUUUAAUUGCGGCUCGGGUGCUGAAAGAUGCCUUUGGAGAUUUCCGUUCUGUUAAGACUCCAAAGCGCUUUCAUUCACCUACCGAACAACUCUUUCCAAGUCCAACGUUCGGUGGGUUAGAUAUAGUGGAAAGUCCCAUGAAACAAGAAGAGUUUGUUAGUGUAGACGUUCGAAUUCGUCACGUCAAGAUUAAGGGAGACUUCGCAAAGAAUCCGAAGGUGAUGCUGGAUAUUUACCAUCUCGAUGCCGGAAGACAACGAUGGGGCUUCCCAUACCUCAAAGCGCGGAAUAUCAGGUUUUACGUUACCAGCCCUAAACUUGGUAACUGUUGGGCGAGAGUCAUUAGCGCUAAGCAUUUCCGAGGUGAUAUGCGGGAAGGUCGAUACGAGAAUCAGAAAGUGUUUUCGAAACGCAAGUCGCUUGACCUAACAAUGGAGGCAAUACGGAUUGCAAUUCCUCACCAACUUGUCCUUUAUAGGGUCACGGAUAAUUUAGUUAACGCUGCCAAAGCAUCCCAGCAGCUCUUUCGCCAGUUCAAAUCCGGAGCGAAGGAGUUUCCAUUGGAGAAGAAGGCAGAGGAAGCAAAAAUUCUACCAAGGAUAUCAAUUAAAGCGAAAGCGCUGCAGUUUGAACUGGAAGAUGACCUUUUUGAAAGCAAGCUAUCAAUGAUAUACAGGAUUGGUCUUAGCGAGCAGAAGAAUCGGAUUGCCCGAGAAGAAGCAUAUGACGCCAAAGUCGCCAAAGUCAUUGAAUCCAAGAACCGACGGCAUUCAACUCGAACGACACAUCCUACUAAGCCCACUCCCAACGGUAUCAACACUUCCGACGCUGGGAGCGUAGUAACUGACAAAGACGGAGCCGAAGGUGAUCAAGGCUCUCCUACCACAGACUCGAGAGGCCGCCGGAAAAUGCGCUAUAAUCUUGACCAUGCGCAAGGACCGACAUGUGAAGCGAGUAUAUCUAUCAAUAAGGCGUGGUGGAAACUUCAAGAGCACAAUUCGCAAGUUUGGAUCAGAAAGAUGAAGAUGGCGAUUCCCAAAACCCGCACAAGAAUCCAGGCUAUGCGGCGGAAGUUUCUAGGCGAGGAUGACUUGCCCCCUGAUGUUGAAGAAACGGAGAGGAUAUUAGAAGUUCCAGCUCGACCGGCCCUUGCGAUCGCCUCUAUUGUUGACUUUGAUUUGACGUUGGACAAACCGUCAUUCCCGCUAGAACAUCUUCCGAAAUUCUUGCACAAAGUCGGGAAGGGUUUGCCAGAAGAUACGAAGUUCUCAUUACUUGUCCCAAUGCAUAUCAAACUCAACAUGGGAGAAGCACGAAUAAAUUUGAGAGACUACCCUUUGCCUCUCCUUCAUAUCCCUCAGAUGAAAUCAGGGCUAUCGCCUCGGAUACCUGCGUGGUCGCUCGAAACGGACUUUGUGGUCGCAGAAGAAUUACGAGAUAAGAACUCUAUGCUACAUGUCAAAGUAGAUAUUGUUCCGCCUGAAGAUAGAGAAGGGAAGAAACAAAAAGGGUUUGCAGUCGAUGUUCAUCGAACAGUAUCCCCUGUUAAAACCUAUUCUGACAUCGACAUCACCAUAAAUACCCCAUACACCACACGAGCUACGUGGGGAACAUCAUACCAACCUGCAAUUCAAGAUAUGAUGAUGGUUUUUGAAACUUUCACAAAACCACAUGUAGAUCCAUCCGAAAAGAUUGGGUUCUGGGAUAAACUUCGCCUUUCAAUUCACUCACGUAUUCGAUGGGCGUGGAAGGGCGAUGGAGAUGUCCAAGUAACACUGAAAGGCUCAAGAGAUCCCUAUGUUAUCACCGGCAACGGCGCCGGAUUUGUGAAGUGUUGGCGAGGCGACGUUCGCUGCUAUAUUGCUAACGACGAUAAACCGUUGAACUUUCUCAUCGUCGAAAGCAAAGAGUACUUCCUCGCAAUACCAGACUUUAGCCAGCAGGCCCUUCAGAUCUUUGAAGACACCUCGACGACAACAGAAGAUGAUCAAAGCUUUAUGAGUAACGAUAGCUAUAAUAAGACGAUCGCUAUUUUUAAGAAGGUCAUCUUGAAGGCUACUGGCGGGGUGAGAUGGCAGCUAGGUCUGGUAUUCGAGCAGGAGACUAGCCAGGAGGCGGAUUGGAUCGUUCGGCAGAGGUCUUUUGCCUUUUUACCGCAUUAUAAAAUUACUCUACGAACCCCGGGGGCUGCAAAAGCUUUACAGCAAAACUCAGAUCAGGUAUAUGAUGCGUUCAGAGGGUUUAGGAGCCACCAUAUUCAUCUUUCGAUAUCGAUGGUGGCACCAAUAAACCAUGACUGGACUAGCAAUAAAAUGGGGUCGGCCUACAAUACCAUCCAUCUAACACCGAGGGUGUUCACACAUUUCUACGAUUGGGUGGGAUUGUUCUCUGGCGUUAUGUCACUCCCCAUUCGACAAGGCCGCCUCUUCCCGGGAGUAGAAAAAUCGACAAAGAAGUUCGGCAGGCAUCUUGCAACUAUUAAGUAUAAGCUCCUCCUGUCGCCCUUAUACUUAAGUCAUAUAUAUAGACACAAGGAUGCGGAGGAAUAUAAAGCCGAAGCUGCCGGGGGAGCACCUACGGAUACGAUCACAGCCACCGGUCUCAAAGUCAAACUACAUCGUUUCACUCUCGACGCACAUCAAAGGAAGGAAGAGAGCGUGAUGAAAAUCAAGGGGUUCAAUGUCGAUCGGAGAAGCACCAACAUGAGUAUUAACCAAGCCGAACUAGACUUUACCACAGCCGAUAUCAGAGCCGUAUCUGCUACCAUCGCGAGCUCGACUUCAGAUGACGUGAAGGAUUGGGCGGGCUUCGAUUUACCUGCCAAUGACGAUACAACUCCCUUAGGCGACUCCUCAAACUUUUCAAUCUCGGAUGGAGACACGGACUGGAUUGAUGUCGACGACUUUGUGGAGCUAGAUUGGAUUCUUCCGACGAGGUACAGCCCUGCGACAAAGAUUAUGCCGUUAGCAUCCACGCCGCGAUUCACAUACUUCAGGCAGACGGAUCAUUCUAGUGGUGAAGGCUCGACAGGUAGAAAGGGCAGGAGUCCGUUUGGACACGAAGCCACGCACGAUUGUAUGAUGAACCAGAACAACGAUCCUAGGGAGAUCCAGUGCGAGUUUAUCCAAUCGCGAAUGGAAAAGGUCCAUUCCCAACUCCGCAUGAACAAGGAACUCCUCAAUACCCUCGCCGAAAGUAUAAAGCAAGAUAAGGACAACCAAAAGCUUAUGAAAGAGUCAGAGCGUCUCAUCCAACAGAGUUCAGUACUUACGGACAAAAUCAAAUUCCUUCAAAACAUGCUCCGCAAUAUGUCUAAGUACCUCGACGAAUCCGCUAUCAGUGACGACAGUUCAAGUAUCAGCAGCAAGUCGGAUGAUGACGUGCCGAUGAUGGAUGCAGCAGAGCCGUACACGAAGUGGGAUGAUGACUUUAAUAACCGCUUCAUCGUCCAUAAUAUGCAGGCGAAAUGGAGCAACGACUUGAGGAAUGUGAUACUAAGGUAUAUACAUCAAGUUAACCAACGAAGAGGUUUUGUGUACUACAUGUCCAGGCGGGCGGUGAAGUUUAUACUCGACCUAGUUGAUGAACAGCAGAUGGAUAGAGAAAAGAAACAGAGUCAGGAGCUUGAUCCGGAUAGAGCCAGCAUAAGGGGCGUUUGGGAAAACGGGCCUCAAGAUACGGAGGAGAGCGGGGUCGUGCAGUCAAGGAUCGAGGCUCUAUUGAAUGACAAGGCAAAGGUUGUGGCGGCAGAUGACGAUCCGCGGCCACGCAGUCGGAGAAUGUCGAUGGGUGGUGCACCGGCAGACCCUACAGAUCUCAAGAAGGGCAUUUCAGAGGAGUAUAUACCUCUCAAUUCCUAUCAUGUGCGAUUGAUAUCGCCGCAGAUUCAGAUGCAAAGUGAAAAGAACAAGAGCUCAGCCCUUCUCGUCACCUCGCAGAGCAUGCAGCUUACCGUCAUAUCAGUCAUGGACAAAGAGAGAAUCAGUGACCCCGUUUCCGGUCUCGUUCAACGACGUUUCGCAUUAGAGCUAGAGAAUGCACAGGCGUUUGUGGCUCGACAUAAGGACUUCACCUCGCCUCUUCACAAUCUACAUUCGAACAAUCAGUACGGAUGCGUCAAGAAUACAUCUUGGCCACCAUGGGUGCCAAUGGAAAAUAUGUUGUUGUUCGAUAUUAAUCCUCACGGGUUCUCCCGCGUGGUUAAGAAGACUUCAACAACAUUGCGGGCAGAUAAGCAUAACUCUUUGCGAUUGAAGUUAAUCGAUGAGGGUUUGGACACUGGCAGCGGAGAGCACAAUGCGAGUUUAGUGGAGAAUGAACCUAGGGUAGAUCACAUUUGGGCGACUUUCGACAGAAUGGAGGUUUCUACGAAUUCGGCAGAGUACUACACGCUCUACAUCAUAGUCCUAGAUCUAUUGCUAUACUCUGAGCCAUUAGAAAAGAGUAGGAACGAACGCUUGGAAAAGAUUAUUUUGGCCUCGGAUUUCAGUGAUCUCAAGGGUGCGGAGAACAUCAUUACAGCCCUCCAAGGCCGGAUUCAACAAUUAGAGGAGAUCAAGACACACUUCCAGAUCAACGCUAGGAACCUCGACAAACAGGGAUGGAUCGACCGAAUGUGCCUGGAAAAGGAUCUUGCUACCUGUGAAGACGAACUAUUCUUCACGAUGAAAUCCAUCAUGUCUGUGCAGCGCAAGUACGACGAACGUCAGCAAACUACCGGGUUGAUCAGGUGGUAUCUCAGUGCCGGCGAGAUCAUUGCAAACCUCUUAUUGAACAAAGACCAACCGUUCGUGGACCUCAAAUUAACGAAUGCCUGCUACGAGCGAACGGACAACAGCGACGGGUCGAAUUUCAAUACCGUGGAAGUUGAAAUGUUGCAGGGUGUCAAUCGACUACCGGAUGCGACUUACCCUGCGAUGAUUUCACCAUAUCUUGAAGGCACACUCGAGGCAAACAAGGCGCAUCAGAACAAAAUCCUUCGGGUGUAUUGGUACAUGCUUGAAGCUAUCGCUGGCAUUCCAGUGAUGGAUCAUUUCGAAGUCAAUCUGUUCCCAUUGUUAGUACAACUGGAUUACGACGCUGGUCAAAAGCUAUUUGAGUUCAUCUUCCCCGGUGUUAAUUCAAAUUCGUCAGAAGGGUUUUCGCCGUUUAUGAUGAAGCCUUCAUUGUCUAAUAUUCCGGAUGGCAGCGACUCUGAGUCUGACUCCGACAAUGCAAUACGCGCGCAGCUAGAGCAGAAACUAUCAUCAGAGUCACCACAACCACAACCACAGACAGAUGCCGGGCUGCUAGGUGAUCGCCUGUUGCCUACCACGACGUCGGAGAAGAGACCACAUACUUCUGGUGGAUUGAAAACCCAACGGCCAACCACUGCCCAUGCAGAUUCAGAUAAGUGGUCGCUAAAGCCGCGGUUCACCAUGAAGCGACAACAGUCUUUUGAGUCCUUACCUUCACUAGCAAAGAAGGCAGCUGAUGAUGGUGCGCCCAGAACAUCUUCUGAAAGCAGUGCUGUCAAUGGCAGAUCAGCUUCGCCAGUGUUCAUCCGUGUCAAUAGCGUUGGCAACUCGGAGCACGCAUCGGCGGCCGCGGCAGCCAAGAAGGCGGGUGUUUGGGGUCGCAACAAUAGUAUAACAGCUCAAGCGGAUGGCAAACAAAAAGAAAAGACGGAUGAAAUUUCGCAGAUGAUCAGUCGUGCGUCCAAUUAUAUGACGUUAGCAUAUAUCAAGAUUCCUAGCGUGGUGCUUUGUCUGAGCUAUAAAGGCAAAGGAGACAGAAAUAUUGAGGACAUUCACCAGUUUGUGUUCCGAAUGCCGACAUUGGAGUAUAGGAAUAAGACCUGGAGUAACUUGGACUUGUUGGUGAGGUUGAAGAAAGAUGUCAUUCGUGCUUUAAUCUCCCAUACCGGCGCAAUUAUUGAGCACAAGGUGUUCCAUCGACGACCAAAUCUGCUAAAAGGUGCCAAUCUUCGAAAUCUAGUCGCCAGCUCUAUGAGUGCUGCUACGACUCCAUUAGGCAGCGAUAGCGAUGUAUCAUCGUACUUGCCAAGCUCUUACGAAGAAUCCAUACGAUCAGGAAGUGUGAGCACCAGCAAUCAGACAGCUGGCCCAUCGAAGAGGGACAGAAGCAAUUCUUCGGGACUACCGCUUUCUCAUCGGGCAUCUAUACGGUCCCGUUCGGGGACUCGAGCGGGUAGUGUUCGCUCGGAUCGGUCCUACAGUUCGGCCAGUGCGCAUCGAAAUUCAAGUGAGCAGAGCACCGAUGAUGGUAGCAGCUCGGCUCCGGGCUCCAGGGAAGGAGAUGAGACGCAGCAGCAGCAGCAGCAGCAGCACGGAAUAUUUCAUAAUACGCUUGGAAGACACCUAUCAAUAUUGACUAACGAUAGGAGAGCAAGAGAUGGGAUUGCGGGGGAGUCCGAAGAAAGCAUUCGGAAAAAGAGCAGACUAUUACUAGGAAAGAAGCUCUUAGGAUCAGGAUAA